CAGUCUCCUGCAGCUUACCCAUAUUCUGCCGGCCAUGAACCGGAUGGAAGUAGUGCAGACUAUGAUGCUUUCUUUCAAAUUUGGGAGGAACUGCGUCGUCCAAAGUUUGUUGAUAAUUAACCCAACAAGCUCUCCAUCACGCCGUCAUCUUGGUCGUAACCAUUGCUUGGCUCUGCUGGUCAUUGCGGUUUUGCCUCCGCCACCACCAAGCAGUCGUAGAGCUGCUGUUGAUGAGCAUGCCUCAAGAGUAGCACAGCCAGCGGCCGCGUGUUGUGUUGUCGCUGCUAGGAGCGGUUGGUGGCCAGCGGGAGCAGCACAUUUCCUGCACUUGCACUUCAUGGCCCUGCAGUGCUACUUCCUCAUCUUGGUGCUCGACGGGAGGAAAACGAGCAGCCGCCGAACUCUUAUCGGAGUGAGACUCCUAGGACCAGAGAUUGAGAUGAACCAGAUAUGGCAGAUUAGGCCAUUCAUGGACCACAAUCAUGAUAUUCUCCUUGAUGGAAGAGCCUAUGCCAAGUUCCGCUUGGUUGCAGACCCUGCCUUUGUAUGGAUAUACAUGGACGCCAAGGUGUGCUAUGUGUUCUUCUUCAAAUCCUCCAGGGUUGUACCGAUAGCAACUGUCAUUUUGCUCUCCCGCUUAGAAGGACCUCUCUGGAAAUCAUGGAAUUACUCUUAAAUUCUUGAUGAAUAGGAUUUUGGAGGUAUGUGCCACUUCUGCUCAGGUUGCUUAAUUAACCGGAGCAGCAAAACUUGGAUUAAUGGUAUGCUUUUCAGGUUCUGUAUGGACACUAGGAUGAAGGCUCAAUGCACACAGAAGGUUAUUGUUCCAUAGGCAUAUUGUGCUUAUUACCAGCUACCUUUUUUUUCAAAGGCAAGUGAAUUCUUUAAAAUUGUAGAUCUCAUUUGUUUGGAAAUAAAAAUCCUGAUAGGCUGCGUCGUAUUGGUCCCCUAUGUUUUCUCUGCUCUAAAACACCAUUUGAGGCAGUAAAAAAGUUGAGCAUGAAUGGACUGUAGCC